AUGAGUAAUUUGCCUCCAAUUGUAGAUAAUGAAAAAGAAGGUAGAUUUGAAAUGAAGUUUGAUAAUGGGGAAAUUGCCCAUUUAGAUUAUAUCAUUCACAAAGGAGGGGAGUAUGAUUUAACACAUACAUUUGUUCCAAAUAGCCAAAGAGGAAAAAACAUUGCAUCUCUUUUAUCAACUGCUGCUAUGAACAAAGUUAGAGACAAUCAAAAAAAGGUUGUCUUAUCUUGUUCAGUAUGUAUUUAA